GGUUUAAGCAGCCACCGUUUCCGUCAAAUACGGCCGCCGAAGAAAACACACACUCAAACAAACAAUGGGGGUGAAGGCGAGGAAAGCGUCGAAGAAAGCAAUAAAGAAGGCUUCUUCUCAAUUCCCUAACUCUGAUUCCAAGACUGCUUCAGCCGAUUUCCUGCCGUUGGAAGGUGGUCCGCGUGAAAUUCCAGAAACCAAACCCCUUCAAAACAGUGCUACUGUCUUGUAUGUUGGUCGAAUCCCACAUGGGUUUUAUGAGAAAGAGAUGGAAGCUUAUUUUCAGCAGUUUGGUGCCAUUAAGAGAUUAAGGAUUGCAAGAAAUAAAAAGACAGGAAAAUCAAAGCACUUUGGCUUCAUCGAAUUUGAGAAUCCACAGGUGGCUGAAGUUGUAGCUGAUUGUAUGCAUAAUUAUCUGUUGUUCGAGCAUCUUUUGCAAGUCCAUCUUAUUCCUCCGGAGCAUGUUCAUCCAAAAUUAUGGAGAGGUUUCAAUUAUAAAUUCAAGCCAGUGGACUAUGUGCAAAUUGAACGAAAGCGGCAUAAUAAGGUGAGAACAUUAGAAGAGCAUAAAAAGUUGGUGGAGAAGAUCAUAAAACGAGACACGAAGCGUAGAAAGAGGAUAGAGGCUGCUGGCAUUGAUUAUGAAUGCCCAGAAAUUGUGGGUAGCGGUCAGUCUGCUCCAAAGAAGAUAAAGUUCGACGAAGAUUAGGCACCAUUAAGAUUUACUACCAAAUGCUGACUAUGAAGGUAAUGGCUUCCACAAUAUAGUCCUCCUGAGAUGCUAAAAAAUUGCAAGUUUAAUGUGUAGUUGAGCUGGUGACAAGCUAUAUUGCCUUUGGCUCUGCAACAAGUAGGAAGUUUUAUAUUUAUAAUGUUGGAUCCUGUUAGGACCAGACCCCCUAUUGGAAUCAAAUUUUGUUAUAUGUAAUUUCAAUAUAUAAUCAAAAUAUUCAAUCAGUUUGCUACUUA